AUGGAGGCCAUGGAUGAGAGCCCUGAUGGGGCUUUGCCUCCUGCUGUCAAUCUGGAUGCUAAUGGCAUGGCAAGUUAUAAGCCCCGCGGGUAUCAGCUGGAGAUGCUGGAAGCUAGUGAGCAGCAAAACAUCAUCGUGGCAAUGGAUACUGGUAGUGGAAAGACGCAUAUAGCCGUUCUUCGCAUCAUCUCCGAGCUCGAACGAUGCCCUGCCGACAAGCUGGUGUGGUUUUUGGCACCAACAGUAGCGUUGUGUCUCCAACAGCACGAUGUUAUCGCUUCGCAAAUACCAUCUGCCAAGACACGGGUGUUGAUUGGCGCCGAUAAUGUCGAUAGAUGGACCGAACAAGCCAUUUGGAACAAGGCUCUCAAAGACGUUCGAGUAGUUUGCGCGACCCAUGCGGUUCUUUCCGAUGCGCUGAAUCAUGGAUUCGUGCGAAUGUCGCAGUUGGCUCUGCUUGUAUUCGACGAAGCUCAUCAUUGCACACGAGGCCAUCCGGCGAACAAGAUCAUGCAGUACCACUACCACCCAACACGUGCCAAUCUCGGCCCGCAUGCCGUUCCCCGAAUUCUAGGUCUGACAGCGAGUCCUAUCGUCCGGUCAAAACCGCAGGAGCUACAGUUGAUAGAGGCAAAUUUGGAUGCCAUUUGCAAGACACCACGAAGACAUAGAUCUGAAUUACUCGAGCAUGUACAUCGACCGCAGCUCGAGUGUAUUCCUUACCCACCUUGGGAGAUAAAACAUGGAUUUCUUGGAAGCCGACUGCUUCGGUCUCUUAUCAAGUGUGUCAAAGCAUACGCCAUACGAGAAGAUCCUUACUUUGAAAUGCUUCGAGAACACCCAGAAGGGGCAGUCGAGGCAGAGAAACUCCUCAGGACAGGGGUGACUUUCUGCGGUGAGCAAAUGACAAAGUUCCUAGAGCGGAGCUGUGAUAUGUACGCCGAACUUGGUGGUUGGGCGACCGAUUACUUCAUCCAAGCAUCAAUUGAUCAGCUUCGACGAUCUAUAGAGAAUGACGAUUCGAUGACAGCCCUGGAUCGCGAAGAGAGAGUAUAUCUUCUGGAGCUUCUCCUCGGUAUGCCCCUGCUGGAGGACACCGUGGAGAACAUUCACAUUUCGCCAAAACUGGAGAUACUGCUCUCCUUCCUCGACAAGAUGGAUCAUUCCGAAUUCUCUGGCAUAAUAUUUGCCAAGACGCGAUCGGUUGUCAGUGUCCUGACUCGACUAUUAUCGCUGCAUCCCGCCACAAAGGAUCGCUUUCGGUGUGCGUCCUUCGUCGGGUGGUCGAAUAAUGCUAGUCGGAAAGAGUCACUGGGGGAUUUACUCACCCGAGAUAUGCAACGGGACACGCUAUCCGAAUUUAAAGCUGGUCGGAAGAAUCUACUUAUUGGUACGGAUGUCCUCGAAGAAGGGCUAGAUGUCAGUUCGUGCCGACUCGUCAUCUGCUAUGACAAACCAGCGAAUCUGAAGUCUUUCGUUCAGCGACGUGGUCGCGCACGCCAUAAGCAGUCCACAUAUGCUAUCAUGCUUUCGACAGAGGAUGACUCACUUGUUCUGUCCAAAUGGCAAGACCUAGAGCGAACAAUGAUUGAAGCCUAUCAGAACGAGGAAAGGCAACGGCAAGACGCAUGGAAGCUCGAGGCAACGCGGGAGGACGUUGAUGAAUCGCUAUUUGUUGCCUCCACGAGUGCUCGACUGUCUGCGGAAGAUGCCAUGCAGCACCUGCACCACUUCUGCUCCGUAUUGCCCGUUGAUCAAUACGUUGAUAACAGGCCCAUGUUCUCCUUUGAAGAGGAUCUGAGUGGUCUCAUCCGUGGCACAGUAACUCUACCAAAUUCAGUUCACCCAGCGGUUCGUCGAACGCAAGGUAAGCGCUGGUGGCGCACUGAGAACGCAGCCAGAAAGGAGGCGGCGUUUCAGACUUACAAAUCACUUUGGAAAUACGGCUUGGUCAAUGAUAACCUCUUACCAUUGACACGAAAGCCAGAGCUCAGGUUUACGGAAGAAAUGGCUAUGCCGGCUUUGAUCGAUUGUUCCGCGCAAUAUGAUCCCUACAUUGAUUUGGCUCAAGAUUGGGUGAUGCAGGAGCUUCAUACGACGAGCAUUACAGUGUCAGAUAAUAACACUGGUGCUGUGAACGAGGACCUCUUAAUGUCGAUCGUAUUGCCCAAAUCGAUGCCCGCGCCGCAUCCUCUUACAUUCUUUUGGGAGAAUGAAACCAGUAUGACAGUGACUUUUGGAAAAAGUCAACCUGUCGGUCCGAUGCCCACGGCAGAGAUUAUUCAGCAAAUGAGAACUAUUACCGCGAUGUACCUUCAAGCCCCGUCGUCUCGCUUGCAAGGAGCUGACAGAGACUAUGUGGCUCUUUUCGUCCCCAGUAUCCCAGUUGAGCAGCUGGGAACUUGGAUCCAGCAGUACGAAGGCAUUGAACAAGCCGUAGAUCUCUAUGCGCGCGACCAGAACAUCUCACCUGUUGGUAUCAUCCGGGACACAGCAAAGUACAGUGAGCCACGAUUGUUUCGCAUGUGGCAUGAGUCUCAACCCUUGGAAAUUGAAUGCCGGAGUUUGCCCAAGCGACGAAACCUGCUACAAUAUCGAAACCCAUCUCAAAUGGCGGAUGGAACGGAAGAGGCUCGUCCUAAGAUUCAUGUCAUCCCAGCCGUAGGCUGCACUGUUGACAGACUUCCCUGGAAGAAGUCGAUGUUUGGUCUGUUCAUCUCCUCUAUUCUUGAUCGCGUUGAAGCGAUCAUGGUCGCCCACAAACUCAACGAGACAAUACUUAAGGGUGCUGGAAUUGAGAAUCUCAGCCAUGUCUUGACAGCGAUUACUACACCGCUCGCCCAGGCGCCGACACAUUACCAGCUCUACGAGUUCUUUGGUGAUUCGGUCUUGAAGUUCACGGUGAGCUGUCAGCUAUUCUUCACACAACCAACAUGGCACGAGGGAUAUCUGUCUGAAAGCCGUGACAAGCUGAUAAAGAAUCUACGACUUGCACGUGCAGCGCUGGAUACUGGUCUGGACCAGUUUAUCUUGAAUGACCGGUUUACCCCUCGCAAGUGGAAUGCGCCGUUGAUAUCCACCAAAUCAGUGGAUGCAGCCAGUCGACCGAAGCGCGAGCUGUCCAUGAAGGUGCUGGCAGACGUUGUCGAAGCGCUGAUCGGCGCUGCCUACAUGGACGGUGGCAUGAAAAGGGCACAGGCUUGCCUCCACCGGUUCUUGCCAGAGAUUGACCUUCAAGCAGCCGUCCCGCCACGCGAGCAAGACCCAGCUCUCGCGAGCAACUUGCUAGAUCUGGAGCGGAUCAGUACACUAAUUGGGUACACCUUCCAAGAUGCCUCACUCUUGACCGAGGCACUGACCCACCCGUCGUGCGAACAUGAUAUGCGCACUCAAUCGUACCAGCGGAUCGAAUACCUCGGAGAUGCAGUUCUUGACAUGGCGAUUGUAUCCGUCUUUGCAGAACUGAACCAGGAAAUUCCUGAGGGCAGGAUGACCUUGAUCAAACAUUCAGUGGUUAACGCAGGUCUUCUGGCCUUCCUCUGUAUGGAGAUGACUAUUGAUGACAUGUACCUGUGGAAGUUCCUCCGCUUCAACGGACCGGUUAUCAGGGCUGCCCGAGAUGCAUCUGUGGCCAGACAUCAGGAACUGCGAGAGGAAAUCCUGCACGAGCUGCACUUCGGAUCCAAGCAUCCCUGGGAACUGUUCUCUCGCCUCCGACCAGACAAGUUCAUGUCCGACAUCGUAGAGAGCACUAUCGGUGCCAUCUUCAUCGACUCGGGUGUCGAUCUCAGCCUCAGCCACUGUACAGCUUUCCUCGAGAGACUGGGACUACUUUCUUAUCUGCGCCGUGUAAUCGCAGAUAACGUGGACGUCCAGCAUCCUCGCAACAAAGCGCAGGACCUGCUGGGAAAAACUGCUGGCAAGUUAGCGUUUAAGCCGAGACGUGUCGAGGCGAAGGGGGUCGCUGCGACAUACCUUUGCACUGCGACCAUGAACAAGAAACAGCUUGCAGUUAUCGAGGGAUGUGCGUCCGCUGAUGAGGCCGAGAUCAAAACAGCUUUGUGGGUCAUCGAGAAGUUUCAUGAAGGGCAACUUGCAGCGGCAGUUGCUUGA